UGGCGCAGAAGCUGAGAGUGAGGGAAUGGAACGGCAAGAGCCGUUGCAGCGACAAAAUCCACAACUUCAAAUACAACAUAUGGCUGAGGAUCUUAGUGCUGCCGCGUUCAGCAGUUUGAGUGAGGAGGCAAAAAGCACUUCAAAAAUCUCAUCCACCACACCCACGCCACCUGUAAUCUCACAGAGCGCUAUGGAUAUGUUGGCACAACUCUUUCCGCAUCGCAAACGCUCUGUGUUGGAAUUGAUAUUGAAGCGCUGUGAUUUGGAUUUAGUGCGCGCCAUAGAGAGUGUUACGCCCGCGGUCAGCAGCGCAUCGAAUGAAGCGCCCAAAGCUGCCUCAACAACUAUGCUCAGUCAUGCGGCAGCGACAUCAUCAACAACCACAGUUGCGCCUAUUCGAAGCGCAUUUAGGCCCGUCACUGCUGAGCUGUACGCUCAUAAAUCUGCCCUUAUUAAUGCCACUGGCAGUACAACAGCUACGAGUGCUGGCACUCCAGCUAUCUGCGCUUAUCCCAAAUGGUUUGUGCCGCUCUCCUUCCCCGUUACAAUGGGCCAUCUAUCGAAUUUAGCGCCACGUUGUACACUCCCCAAUUGCACCUGCAUGGAUACGUAUCAAUUUAAUUAGUUAAAUUGGGGAAAAAUCUGCUAACAAUAAUAUUAUUAAUUAUGCUACUGUCUAUUAUUUGUUUAGAUAC